CUAUAAAUAACCUUAGUAAUCACAAAAACUGCAUACAUAUGUAUACGUAAGUGCAUUAAUUAACAUCAAUUUCUGAAAAUACAUAUGGUCAAUUUUGUUUUUGCUUUAAUUUUUUACGUGCAAAUGGUAUACCGAAUUCGCGAGCCUCUUACCGAAACACACCAGGCAAAGUGUAUAUACUUGCUUGUAAAGGUCCUUUUAUCAUAAUUUUUAGAGCAUGAUACACACUAAACCCUCCAAAGAUGUUUCUGAUGACGCCAUAGCGCGUCGAAUGAUCAAACGUGUAAAAAUUUCUACCAAUGGAGACUUCAUACCUUUAAAAUGGAAUUGGGCAGAGACCUGGAUGACCCUGCCAGUUGGGUUUGAGAAACAUUUUCAGCAAAUUUAUAAUUUCGAAGUGAAAGACGAUGACGUUUUCAUAGCAACAUUUCCAAAAUGUGGAACAACUUGGAUACAGGAAGCCACUUGGCUGCUUCUCAAUAACUUGGACUAUGAAGAGGAUAGUAGAACACAUUUGACUAAUCGCAGCGUUUAUAUCGAAAUGAGCCUGUUGUAUGAAACAUUUCAUACAGAUAGCAUCUAUUCGGCCAAACAGCUAAAAUCGCCGCGUUGUAUCAAAUCUCAUCUGCCGGUCCAUUGUUUACCUCGUCAAAUAUGGCAAAAGAAAGUGAAGUUGGUCUACUGCGCGCGCAACCCGAAGGACGUGGUACUGUCUUAUAGUCAUUUUCUACGCGGCAAGGGUGCCUACACUGGAAGUAUGAAUGACUUCAUAGAUGACUUUUUGAAUUCUGAAACAGCAUACACACCAUACUGGUCUCAUGUGUUUCCAAUGUGGCAAAUGCGUUCGGAGCCUAAUGUGUUCUUUACCACUUAUGAAGAGAUGAAACGCGAUUUGCGUGGUGUCCUAACACGGUUAAAUAAAUUCUUAGAGAAACCAGAUUUGACGGAAGUGCAGAUGGAAAAACUUUUAAGCCAUCUAUCGUUCGAGAGCAUGCGAGCAAAUCAGCAGGUGAAUCCUACAAAUAUAAUUAAAAAUACUGGAUAUCGAUCAAACAUCGACAACAAUUUUCAAUUUAUGCGUCGUGGAAUAGUUGGCAGCUACAAAGAUGAACUAUCUGAAGUAUACCAGCAACGAAUAAAUGAUUGGUCCGAGCAAUUCUUGAAAGAGUUUAAUGUUACUGUAGCGGGUAUUUUUGGUGAUUUUUAAAAAAGGGUUAACUCAACGAAAAAAUAUGUUGCCUACUUUUUGGGUCCCUUAUUUAGAUUAGCGUAUUUACUUCAUGUAAUAUUUGAGUUAAAUUUUUACGGGGAGUUGGGUGUAUGCACAUUAGGGGACCCUUAGAAAGCUGGAGAGUUUUGAAAACACCUCGAUAAAUCGAGCUUUUUAUAAAUAAAAUUAGUUUCCAAAAA